AUGUCACAGCCUCUUCUUGUAUGGGAUGUUAUCUACAAGGUCCUUGAUGAGUGUGUAGCCACCGAGUUGAACCAAUCCGAACGAUUGCUUGACCAUGUCUUGCGACGACAUUGCUGGAUCCCGGAAUUGCUAGCUGUGCAUCCUCAUUGCCGAGACUACUUGCUUAGCAACGCAGCUUUUCACCGACUACGGCUUUGGCGAAUGCUUGGAAAGACUGUCGGCCAACGAGAAUCGGUAUCCAUAGCAGUACAACAUGAUAAAGAUUGGACGAUGCUGGAUCUCAAGCUUACGAGUCAACAAAAGACAUCCACCGACGAUGUGUGUAUCUUUGUGGCGGUAGAAGUACGGCCUCCUAAACAAGGUCGAUGGCAACAUGUUAGCAGCAGCAACAUGAAUUCAAACCAAGGCGUUCAAAAAGAAGGAUGGGUGGUGUCUGUGCGUCAUAAAAAGAUUCCUUUGUUCUCGUAUGACCAAUGCAAGCGGGAUAUGGAAGCAUUUGCGGCAUUGAAUUCAGCUUCUAUUUGGGUAUGGCGUUCACCUGCCAAUCCAUGGCUUUAUCGACACUUAAAGAGCUAUCGUAUGGUGUUGGAUAAUCUAGAAAAGGAGUUAUUGGUAUGGUCAAAUCAUCAUCAUCAUCAUCACCAUCAUCGUAAACGACAUCAACAUCAGCAUCAUCAUCACCAACCAUGGCGAAGACCCUUUGAACGACUCUCAGUGGAUGAACAAAUCUUGCAUCAUAAUGUAGAAUUAUUUGCUAAUUUGGCUACUACAACAGCUUUACAGCAAUAA